AUGACUAUCAGUCUUGAUCAGAAUGGAGCAAAGGGGCCAAGAAGGAAACUACCCCACACCACGGUGCAGAGGCUCUUGAGCUGGGGGCUGCCAGUCUCCUAUAGCCGAUUCCUGUGGCGCCAGCCAGGCGAGUUUCCUGUCACCGCUUUCCUGCUGGGGGCAGGCACUGGAGGGCUCCUUGCCAUAGGGCUCUUUCAGAUCCUGGUGAACCCCAUGAACAUCUAUGAAGAUCAGAAGAUGAAGACACUCUACAGCUUGGUGGGCUUGGGGGCCGUGGGCUGGGGGACUUCCCCUCACAUCCGCUGCGCCAGCCUCCUGAUAGUACCCAAGAUGCUGGGCAAAGAGGGCAGGCUCUUUGUGCUGGGAUACGCCUUGGCUGCCAUCUAUGAAGGGCCAGUGGCCAACCUGCGUUACAACCUCAACGAGGUGAUAGCAUCGCUGGGCUGUACUGUGGAGCUGCAGAUCAACAACACCCGAGCGGCCUGGCACACCUCCACAGCCCCCCUGCGGGCAGUGUUCAAGGACCUGCUGAGCAGCAAAGACUCAUUGAAAGCCGAGACUCUCAAUAUCUCCAACUCCUUUGAGGACCUGGAUGCCCAGGUGAAGAGUGAGGCUGGCUUCAAGCUAGAGGAUGCCAUGGACUCAGAGGAGAAAGGCCAGGACGUAGAGACCCGCCAGGCCCCAGCCUCCGGACACCCCCUCUCCACACAGAAGAUGUUCGAGCUGAAGACUAAGCUGCGUUGCUCCUAUGUGGUGAACAAGGCUAUAUUCAGCUGCCAACGCUGGUUUGACCGAAAGCACGAGCAGUGCAUGCAACGCAUCUGGGUCCCACUCUUCAACCACCUGCUCUGCCUACCCAUGAAGUUCAAGUUCCUCUGUAGCAUCGCCAAGGGUGGGGAGCGCCAGGGCUGGGGGAGUUGGGUCCUUGGGGACCGUGGGUGUGAGAUGGUGUCAGCUGAUACAGGUGUGGGGGAGCAAGACUGUGCCAAGGAGGGUGGCGAGCAGAAGGAAGUGGCAAUUCCUGAAGGUCUGGAGGACCACGAGGACGAGGAGAAGCAGGCUGCAGUGCUGGGCCUCAACCAGAGCUGGGAGCACAUGGGCACCGAGGUGCAGAACUAUGUGCAAAGCCAGGAGGCCCGGCUGGAGUGGACCCUGGGGCUGCUGCAGGUGCUGCUCUCCUGCACCUUCCUGCUGGUCUUACACGCGUCCUUCUCCUAUGUGGACAACUAUAAUCGGGACAUCCGCUUUGACAACAUCUACAUCAGCACCUACUUCUAUCAGAUCGAUGAACGCAGGAAGAAGCUGGGCAAAAGGACUCUGCUGCCGCUCCGUAAAGCCGAGGAGAAAACCGUCAUCUUUCCCUGCAAGCCCACAAUCCAGGCCUCAGAAAUGAAAAACGCGGUAAGGGAGCUCCUGGAGUCGCUGCCCGUCCUCCUGCUGCUGGUGGUGCUGUGUGGGCUGGACUGGGCUCUCUAUUCCAUCUUCGACACCAUCCGCCACCACUCCUUCCUGCAGUACUCCUUCCGCAGCAGUCAUAAACUGGAGGUGAAGGUGGAAGGAGAUUCCAUGCUUGCCCGGCUUCUUCGGAAUACCAUUGGGGCCCUGAAUACCUCCUCAGAGACGGCGGUAGAAUCCAACAACAUGCCCUGCCUGCCCCAGCCCGAGAGCAUGGAUGCCCAAGCCUACUUCAGGGCCGCACUACCAACUGGCCUGCUGAUGUGUCUGUGCCUGCUCCAGGCUUUCGGCUACCGGCUCCGGAGGGUCAUCGCAGCCUUCUACUUUCCCAAGCGAGAGAAGAAGCGGAUCUUGUUCUUCUACAACGAUCUACUGAGGAAGAGAGCAGCCUUCACCAAACUGAGGAGGGCCGCCAUCGUGAGGCGGGCCCACCAGCAGAGGGCUCCGCGCCACCACCUGGUUGACAUCUUGCACCGCCGCUGUCCCCUCCUGCGCCGCUGGCUGCGCCGGCGCUGCGUGGUGUGCCUGGCACCCGAGACGCCCGAGUCCUACGUGUGCCCGACGCCGGGCUGCGAGACCGUGUACUGCCGGUCGUGCUGGGUCGACAUGCGGCAGCAGUGCCCGGUCUGCACACCCCGCGAGGAGCUCUCCUCCUCCGCCUUCAGCGACAGCAACGACGACGCUACCUACGCGGAGUGA